CGGACCUUCCGCUGGAUGCAGACGAUGAUCUUUGCUAUCGAGCAGAUCAACAGAGACGGCACGUUGCUGCCCAACAUCACUCUGGGCUACAAGAUCUACGACUCCUGCAGCACUCCUCAUCAGGCCCUGAAGGCUGCCGUGGAGCUGAUGGGCAGCGCCAACAGCUCGCUGGCUGGAGGUGCAACUCUGAACAAAGGCGGCUGCCGUGGAACUGUGCCAGCAGUCAUUGGAGAUGGAGGCUCCACACAGUCUCUGGUUGUAGCUCGGUUUUUAGGAGUGUUCCAUGUGCCUCAGGUGAGUUAUUUCUCCAGCUGUGCCUGUCUCAGUGACAAGAAGGAUUUCCCUGCGUUUUUAAGAACCAUGCCCAGUGACUUCUUCCAGGUUGAUGCACUUGUGCAGCUAGUGCAGCAUUUUGGCUGGACCUGGGUCGGCGUGGUCGCGGGGGACGACGCCUAUGGUCGAGGGGGAGCCAACAUCUUCGCGGAUGAGGUUAGAAAACUGGGUGCGUGUGUUGCACUCCAUGAAAUUAUCCCCAGGAACCGAGGACAGGCUGAAAUAUCCUCCAUUAUAUCCAAGAUCCGCUCCUCUGGUGCGCGAGUCAUCCUGGUGUUUGCUGUGGAGCAAGAUGCCGCAGCUUUGUUUGACGGAGCGCUCAGGGAGGGGCUGAGUGGGAUCCAGUGGCUGGCCAGUGAAGCCUGGAGCACCGCUGCCGUUCUCUCCAGUCCCAAAAAGUACCAUCCCAUCCUGCAAGGGUCCAUGGGAUUUGCUAUUCGCAGGGCUGAGAUCCCAGGACUGCAGGACUUCCUGCUCCGCUUACAUCCCUCCAGCCCAGACGCCAGCGACGACCCCUUCCUGGUGCCGUUCUGGGAAGAGGUGUUUGAGUGCAGGUUAGGUGUGAAAGAAGGAGGUGAUAAACCUGCAUGUACUGGAGAGGAAGACCUGCGGAGUGUGACCAACAUAUACUCAGAUGUUUCACAGCUGAGGAUUUCCUACAACGUGUACAAAGCUGUGUAUGCCAUCGUCUAUGCUAUAAGAAGCAUGAGAGCUUGUGAGAGAGGGAAAGGGCCGUUCGCUGGGCAGGCCUGUCCAGACGUUGUCAAUAUAGAGCCCUGGCAGUUGCUGCAUUACAUCAAACAAGUUGAAUAUCUCAACUCGUUCGGGGAUGAAGUCCAGUUCGACGAGAACGGUGACCCGGCCGCCAUGUACGACCUGGUCAACUGGCACCUGAGUCCGAGCGGAGAGAUUCAGUUCGUCACCAUCGGCAAGUUCGACGAGAACACCGGGGUUGGGAAGCAGAAACUUCAGAUCCAGGAGGAGAAGAUUCUGUGGAACGGCAACGAGACAAAAGUGAGCAUCUCUGAGAAACUCUGGAAGCCAGCGGGGCGUUUGAUCGGUGCAGUUUGGGCUUUGUGUGUCGCUCAGGUCCCCUUGUCAGUGUGCAGCAGCAUCUGUCCUCCUGGAAGCAGGAAAGCCAUCCGGCCAAACUUCCCUAUCUGCUGCCAUGAUUGUGUUGUUUGUACAGCUGGGGAGAUUAGUGAUCAGACAGAUGCAGUAGAAUGUGUCAAGUGCUUGCCGGAGUUUUGGUCCAACGAAGAGCGGACGACCUGCAUCGCGAAGAAAGUGGAGUUUCUCUCAUACGGCGACAACAUGGGCAUCGCCUUGAUGGCCAUUUCCCUCAUUGGCGCCUUCUGCACCUGUGUGGUGGUCUUCAUCUUCUCCUGGAACAGAACCACGCCCAUCGUCCGAGCCAACAACUCGGAGCUCAGCUUCCUGCUGCUCUUCUCUCUGACCCUGUGCUUCCUGUGCUCCCUGACCUUCAUCGGCCAACCCUCCGAGUGGUCCUGCAUGCUCCGUCACACCGCCUUCGGCAUCACCUUCGUCCUCUGCAUCUCUUGCAUCUUGGGAAAAACCAUUGUCGUCUUGAUAGCUUUCCGAGCUACUAUUCCCGGGAGCACGGUGAUUAAAUGGUUCGGCCCUGGGCAGCAGAAAGCCAUCAUCGCCUGCUGUACUUCCAUCCAGGUCAUCAUCUGCACAGUGUGGCUGGUGGUUGCUCCGCCCACCCCAGUCAAGCUGAUGCCGCGCGAGAGCGCCCUGGUCAUCCUGCUGUGUGAUGAAGGUUCGCACGUUGCCUUCGCCCUGGUUCUGGGCUACAUCGGCCUCCUGGCCUUCAUCUGCCUCCUCCUGGCCUUCCUGGCCAGGAAGCUCCCCGACAAUUUUAAUGAGGCCAGGCUCAUCACCUUCAGCAUGCUGAUCUUCUGCGCGGUGUGAGUGGCCUUCAUCCCCGCGUACAUCAGCUCGCCAGGAAAGUACUCCACCGUCACAGAGGUCUUCGCCAUCCUGGCCUCCAGCUUUGGUCUCCUGGGCUGCAUCUUCGCGCCCAAGUGCUACGUCAUCCUGCUGCGACCUGAGAAGAACACCAGGAAGCAUCUCAUGUCCAAAUCUUUGAACGACAAGUUUUGA